AAUAAAAUCCCACUCUCAGCUUUAUGAGUUCCCUUUUCAAGCAUCUUAAUCAUCCACAGGCCAAGAACUGCUUCAUGUCAAACAAGUUCUACCGCAUGACCAUGAGGAUGAACAUAGACUGCAAUGGCUGCUAUCGAAAAAUUAGAAGAGCCCUCCUUCAGAUGCAAGAGUUGGAGAGCCAUUUGAUAGAGAAGAAGCAGUGCAGGGUGAGUGUGUGUGGAGUAUUCAUUCCACAGGAUGUGGCAAUAAGAUUAAGGAAGAAAACUAAUCGACGAGUCGAGAUCUUGGAGAUCAAAGAAGUCGACAUGGACCCUGAAAGCAACAAAGAUCAGAAGCCUUCAUAAGCUAAUUAUUCUGAUGAAUGUAAUGGGUUUCAAUUGUGCAUAGCAAUAGAAAAGCAUGUGAUAUAGGCUUAUGACCCAUAAUUAGGAUUCUUAUGUAAAUUGUUCAUGAAAGUUGGAAGAAUUUCAAAUUCUCACGAUCUUGUUAG